CGUCCUUGGACUUGCCUAACUCGUUAUAUACCAGAUAUACGCUAGUUCGUGGUCAGUAGGGACAGAACGUUAGAUCUAUCGAGAUGUAUCCUACUUUGGCAGCUUUUGUGUUAUUGUUUCACAUUUCCACAGCAGUGCUAGCGCCCACCGUGCUAUUAAAUGAUGGACACAGAAUUCCCGUGGUUGCGUUAGGAACAGGGAGGGGUACAGCAAAGGAGUCCGAAUCCGUGGACCAAGUAAGACAAGCUGUGUAUUGGGCUAUCCAGGCUGGCUACAGGCAUAUAGACACGGCAGCGAUAUAUUUCGAUGAAGAACAAGUGGGGGAGGGCAUAGCCAAAGCUAUUGCUGAUAAAUUGGUGACUAGAGAUGAACUCUUUAUUACAACUAAGCUCUGGAACGACAAACAUCGCACCGAGCAAGUGGUCCCCGCGUUGCGAGAAUCUCUCAAGAAACUUGGCUUAGAUUACGUCGAUUUAUAUCUCAUUCACUUUCCCGUUUCCACUAAAGAAGACGAUACCUUGGACGAUGUAGACUACUUGGACACCUGGAAGGGAAUGGAGCAAGCCAAGCAACUCGGCCUCGCCAGAUCCAUUGGAGUCUCCAAUUUCAAUGCAUCGCAAAUUAACCGGAUCGUUCAAAAUUCCAAGAUAUGGCCAGCUGUUAAUGAAAUUGAGGUAAACCCGACGCUCACUCAAGAAGAUUUAAUAUCUUACUUACAAAGUCUGCGCAUAGUACCAAUGGGUUACAGUCCCUUCGGAUUUCUUGUAUCGCGCAAAACAGAGAACGCUCCACCCCCGAGGGCAGACGACCCAGCUCUCGUUAAAAUGGCACAGAAAUAUGGAAAGACUACUUCGCAAAUUGCCCUGCGAUACUUGAUCGACAGGGGAGUUAUCCCCAUCCCAAAGUCUACGAACCAACAGCGUAUUGCCCAGAACAUCGAUAUAUUUGACUUUAGCCUGACCAAAGAUGAAGUGAACACAAUAAAUAAAUUCAACAAAAACGUUCGGGUCAUCAACCCCGUUGACUGGAAGGCAUCCCCCUAUUACCCGUUCGGAGAAUAUUGAAUAAGGAAUAGAUAAUAAAGAUUUAAUUUUUUUAUAAAAA